AUACUUGCCUUCGCGACAUUGUUUACAAAUCCAAAGACUGCAGAAAUAAACAAUAUUCGUAUCACUUUGUUUCUUUAAAUUUUAAAGCGACUUUAAUACCGAGAACAUGAUAUCCAAUCAGAGUUCAUUGCUACAGAAUAUCCAAAAUCGGUACUUGAAUCCAAAUGGUGCUGAUGUAUGGUUUGUAUUCGAUGAUGAACGAAUUCCAGGUCAUCGAAUUAUCUUGGCAUCGAGUCCAUGGUUGGAGAGUAUGUUUUUUGGAUCGUUAACCGAAAACAAUGACGUCAAUAUGAAUAAUUCAAAUGUGACCAGUAGAUCGUUUAAGGAAUUUUUGCGCUACAUCUACACCGGCAAUGCAAAUUUAACAAUGGAUAAUAUCGACGAGAUGAUUUUUUUGGCCGAUGAAUCAUUGUGCCAAGAAAUUUUUGAUGAAUGUGAAAAGUUUUUGAUAAAAAAUUUAACUAUUGACAAUAUAUUUGUUGUGUAUCAACUGGCUUUGCGGCACGAGAGAGCCGUUCAAUUGAAGAUCGCUUGCGAAGAAGAAAUCUGUGUAAAUGCUGUUCACACAUUAAAAUCAUCGAAAUUUUCAGAAAUUCAAUUUGAUUUUUUACAAAACAUUCUCAAGUGUGAUUCAUUGGUUUGCGAAGAAAAGGAUGUUUUUAAUGCAUGCAUCGAAUGGGCAAAAGCUGCUUGCAGACGAAAUCGAAUGGAUCAAUAUAAUCCGAUAAAUUUACGAGCACAACUUGGCGAUUUAAUCUACCAGAUUCGAUUUAGUUCGAUGACAGUUGGAGAUGCGGCUACGUGCAUUGAUUCAUGUCCCGGUUUAUUUACGGCGAAUGAACUACAAGAGAUCAUGUGUAUUGUUGGCCGGAAAAAUUAUUCAGGAACAACGCAAUUCAAUUGCACAGAACGAUAUUUUAGUUUGCAGCGAAAUCCAAGUAAAGAAUUAAAAUGUGAUCGUUUUAGCUUCAUUACAUCCGAUCGUCGUAUUUUUGCUUUAACGGAAACUACGACAUUCACUUGUAAUCGACCGGCAUUUCUAAAAGGUUUCACAUGCGAAUGCAAUCAUUGCGUAAAUAAGACAGCCAGAGUGUCCAUUGUUGAGACGAAAGGCGAAGAAAAUGUCAAUAUACGAUGCAAUGUGCAAAAAAAUUUAAUAUUCGGAACAAAAAAUACGCGCAAAAAAAGACACGGACAGAUUGAACGGACUCACACAUCAUUUACAGCAAAAGUUAUGUUUGAUUCGGGAAUUUUGCUUAGACCUGGAUAUGAAUAUAGCAUUCAUAUUACAUUCGAUUCGCUACUACUACUGGAACACAACUGCGUAUUAAAAAAAAAAGUUCGAGUCGAUCAUGACAUCGUAAUUCGAUUCGAUAAAACAAAUGAUAUUGUUACCUCGCUCAUUUUGAAUCGUUUCGAUAAUCGAAAAUACUUUCGCAGAAUUUUUCAUAAUCCCGUGAUGUGGUGUAUCCUGGUUGGGGUGCUAUUGGUGAUAGCUGCUAUAAUGCGAUAUGAUAUCAAUCAACCGGAUUCAGUUCUUGUCCAUUUGUGGCAUAUGAUAAAGAGUAUUUUCGAAAAACACUAAAAUAGUCUCUCAAAACCACUGCAUUUAAUGCAUUUGAAUCAGCCUUAUCAAAAACAUUUUUCAAAAUAGAAUGGGAAUAGUUUACUAAACAACUCCACAAAAUCCAUGCUUAAAAUAUCUUAUGCGAUAAAAUUGGCAGUAUUUUUUUUACUCAUAACUCAUAGAUGAUGACGGACAUUUUUCUGGCGGUGGGGGUUAAGAAUUUGUUUACAUUUGAAAAAAGUGAAGAGCAAAUAAAGGUCCUCAUUUCCAAAAUUUUUGAGGGUUCCUGAAAAUAUUUUAGAGGGGGGUAAUCCGAACCCUAGGAACCCUCGUCAUCAUCUAUGCUUAUAUAUAAUCUUUACAAAAAUAAGUAUUUUAUAUUAUCAAAUGAAUAAAUGUGUCUAAUUGUCUCUGGAAA